AUUACGACUGUUUCUACUAACUGCAUUUUGCAGGCCCAGGACUCAACCCGGCCUGGUCUUCUAGCUUCUAGGCCUUCAAGGAACCCAAAUUUCUCCCUGACCGGUGGUGCAGCGACUAAGGUGCCCAUGGGUUGGAAAAUGAGGCUGCCGACAGCAGCCCUGUUGCUGGGUCUUGUGCUGGUGGUCACUGGAGACGAGGAAGAAAACGGCCCGUGUGCCUAUGAGCCCUUGCCGGAGGAAGACGCUGUCCUGUGCAAGGGUCUUGAAAUUGUCUACCCGGAGGUGGGGAGCAUUGGCUGCAAAUAUGUUCCUGACUGCAACAACUACAGACAGAAGAUCACCUACUGGCCUGAUCCCAUAGUCAAGUUCCCGGGGGCCUUGGACGGCGCAAGCUAUAUCCUGGUCAUGGUGGACCCAGAUGCCCCUAGCAGGUCGGAACCCAGAAUGAAAUACUGGAGACAUUGGCUGGUAACAGAUAUCAAGGGCUCUGACAUGAAGAGAGGGAGGAUUCAGGGCCAGGAGUUAACAGGCUACCAGCCUCCCUCCCCACCGGCACACACUGGCUUCCAUCGCUACCAGUUCUUCAUCUACCUUCAGGAAGGAAGAGUCCUCUCACUCCCUCGGAAAGAAAACAAGACUCGAGGCUCUUGGAAAAUGGACGACUUUCUGAAGCGCUUCCAUCUGAGUGAACCUGAAGCGAGCACCCAGUUCAUGACCCAGAACUACGAGGACUCGCUCCCAGGCUCCCCCCAGGCUCCCAGAGGCGGGAACUGUAAGUCCAAGAACCUGCGCAAACAGAGAUAACUGCCCCCGAGGCUGCAGGCUCCACCUUCCAGGCGUGUGUCCACACUGCCCACCACCGAGGGUCUGGGGCCGCAACCCCCUCUCAGUAUAGAACCCCUUCUCUUCCAAAUUAAAAAGAAAUCA